AUGAAGUCGGCACUCUCGGCCGGCCUCGUCGCCGCCCUCCUCUGUCCCACAGUUGUCAUCGCAGGCUCGACAUGUCCAAAGACAGCACGCGGCUCACACCGUGUUACCUGCUCCAGUGAGAUUGACUUCACCGAAGUCCACGAGGAGGGCCACCGCCAUCACGGUCACCACAAGAAGAGGCUCGAGACGACACGUACGAUCAGCCUCUACAGCUGGUCAUUUCUCUGGAACUGGGUAGCCAAGGAUGACUGCCCCAAGACCACGGCCCACUUGUCAACACUCCUUCCGCUCCUUGCCAACACCCAUCACGGGAUCAAGUGCAAAGUUGAGGUCGAUUGGGCCCUUGAACAUGGCGAGUCGCACGGUUCAGCCUCCGGCGGCUCCCACAACGACGCCAUCGAGCAGUCCCAUGGUGCCUCUGGGAACCAGUCACAUUGGGAGUACGCUGGCCACGGCCAGAUCGACUGGCUGUCUUUACCCGCCAAGAUGGAGUGGCCUUUACACGCGAGCUUCGACCGUCCCGACCAGUUCACCGGGUCGGGGGAGCUGGGCGCCAAGUACGAGGUGGCUGGCCAUGGUGACGUGAACAAGCUUGAAAUCCACAGUGGCCAUGGCAACGACUUUGCUCACUCAUGGGCCCGCGACGAACACUUUGGAUUCGGCGAGCACGGUGGGUAUGACGAGCACCAGGACGAGGGACACAACAACGAGAUUGGCAAGAUUGGCAAGCGCUCCCACCACCACAAGGAAGUGCCCCGCCCCUCGGUGAGCAAAGACCAUCGCAAGUUUGGCGGACACUACAACACCAAGACUCUGCACUCCUGCUGGGUCUUUGAGAAGUACCACGUCAGCUCGCGCCAGGUCAUCCCCCAGAAGAAGAAGCACCAUGGGCACCACAGGGGACACAAGGGACACGAUGCCGAGAUCGAGGCGAUCCCCGUGAUUCCUUUCCACCAGCCCACCUGGUCGAUCUGUGAGCCGCAAAUCCCCCUUCCGGUUCCUUGUGAGGAGGAAUGCCACGGCGAUUCUUGCGGCUCAAAGCAGGAUGAUUGCAAGGGUGAAUCUUGUGACCUAAAACAGGACAACAAAGAGGACAACAAACAGGACAACUGCAAGGCCAAUUCUUGUGGCUCAGACAACUGCCAUCAUGACUCAUGCAACGAGAAGGAAAAGGUUGUCGAGGAUUGCAACACCAAGUCCUGCGGCGACAAGAAGAAGGAGGACACACUGCCACGACGGGGUCUGCACUCUCAAACAGACACGUCCCACUGCGGUGAGGAUGGCGCCGACUCGGAGGGCAAAUCCGAGUGA